GCUGCCGCUGCCGCUGCCAACAUCUCUGGCCAAGCCACCUCCUCUCGGCCGUUGCCGCAAGCCGCUACCUCCCGCUGCCGCUGUCGCAGGCCAAACCGCCUCCUGUCGCUGAUCCACCUAAAUUCUCAAAUUCAUAAUGGGAGCAGCUCCUAAGCCAUCUAAACGUGUUGAUAUUGAGAGUCAACAUACUGCAGAAAACGAGAAUGAUUCUGAAAGUGGGAUGCAAUUUGUUUCCAAGAGAAAGAGAAAAGAUUUUGCUGAUGAGGACGAUAGUGCAUCAGAGGGAGAAAGCCUUCAAGAAAGUGAAAUGGAGGAGGAUGAGGAUGAAAUUGAAGGAAGCGAUGCUGAGCAAAAUGGGAUGCAAAUAGAUGCAGAGAUGGAUGAACUUGAGCAACAAUACCAAAAUCUUCGCAGUGAGGAGCAGAAUCUUUUGAAUAAUUUGAAGCAUCAAAAAGAUGAAGAUGCUGUAAAGGGUCGAGCAGUAAAGAACCAGAAGGUGCUUUGGGACAAGACUUUGGAGUUGAGAUUCUUACUACAAAAGACAUUCUCAGCCGCAAACAAACUUCCACAGGAACCUGUAAGGUCCUUAUUUUGCAAUUCAGAUGAAGAUGUUGAUCAAGCAUACACGGACCUUAUAGAUUCUUCUAAGCGGACAUUAGGUAGUAUAUUGGAGUUGCAGGAGGCUUUACUUGAGAAGAACCAUUAUAUUCUUCAGGGUUUAACUGGAAACAACAAAGAGUCUUCUAAGAGUGAGGAUUCCUUUGGCAAGGUGAAGGCAGAUAAUGAUGACGAGUGGUUGCAAAUAAUUGAUAUGCAUUCUAGAAUAGCACCAUUUAGAAAUGGCUCAAUAGACAAAUGGCAUCGAAAGACACAAGUCACAAGUGGUGCUGCUGCAUUUAGAGGCAAAUUGCAGGCAUUUAAUCAGAACAUUAGUGAACAAGUAGCUGGUUACAUGAGAGAUCCAAGCAGAAUGAUUAGGAGGAUGCAAUUAAGUAGAUCUUCUGUUGGCAUAUUUGGAAAAGUACCUGAGGUGUCUGAAUCUGAGACAAUAAAGGAAGAGGGCAACGUUCAAGAUGGAAGCAUGGAUGGCGAUCCAGAACUACUUGAUGACUCUGAAUUCUAUUCACAACUUCUGAAAGAAUUUUUGGAGUCUAAUCUUACAUCAUCUGAGACGGCUUUUUAUGCUACGAGAAAGUUACAGCCUAAGAAACGAAAGGUCGUUGACCGUCGUGCUUCUAAGAGUCGAAAAAUAAGGUAUCAUGUACAUGAAAAGAUUGUCAAUUUCAUGGCUCCGGUGCCAAUGCUUCUUCCGUCCAUGGCCCCUAAGUUAUUUGACAAUUUGUUUGGCAUGACAAAUCAGCAAUCAACCUCUGCUGUGUAAUCCGGGAUGACUCCAAUUCCAAAGUUUGUAGAUUGUAACGCAAAAUUUUUUAUAUUCCAUGUUUGUGUUAAUUUAUGACAGCUUUUUGUUAUUAGAAACCUGUAACUCUUGUACAAAUCAAUUGGUAUACCUGAUCUUAACGAGCAAGACGUAGUAGUAUUUUCCUUCACAAC